UAAAAAUGCAUUAAUAAUUAAAUUAUUAUAUAAUUUUAUUAUAAAAAAUUUAUAUAAAUACAUAUAUAAAUACAUAUUAUUUUAUAUUUAUUGUAAUCUUUCAAAUAUAUUAUUAUUUUCGCGCCUAAAGUUAUUUAAUGAGAUUUUCUUCAAUGAGAUUUUAGUAGAUCUUAUCAUAAAAGUACGAGUUUCAUUUUCUUACUUUUUUGUUAAAAUAUGGAAAUCGAAAAAGGUACAAAUAACAUUGAAAUAAUGAAAAUUGAUACACAAUGUAUACAAAUUUGUGAACACGAAACUUGUAAUAUGGAUACAAAGUUACCGGAAUUACAUCUAAAUUUGAGUAAACGUCAAUUGAAAAAAGUAAAAAAAAAAGAAAAAUGGUUGAAACGAAAGAUUGAACUAAGGUUUAUAUUUCUCAGUUCUUUAAUAAAUUAAAGAACUAUACAUAUGAUUUUAUAUGUAUACAAUAUAUUCCAUUAUUUUAUUAUGAUUAGAUUACGUGAACGAGAGAAAGCAAAACAAAAACGGGCAUUUGCUCGUGCAAAUAAUAUAAAUCUUGGACCAUCUAGAAAAGCUUUAAAAAAAAGUAUAAUGGCAGAUAGUAGUUGUAAAAUUGGAAUAACUAUUGAUUUAUCUUUUGAUGAUUUAAUGAUUGAUAAAGAUAUUGCAAAAUUAACUAAACAAAUACUAAGAUGUUAUACUUUAAAUAGACGAGCUAUUGCACCAAUGCAAUUUUCUCUUACAAGUUUUAAUGGAAAAUCAAAAACAGAUAUGCAAAAACACAAUGGAUAUGAACAUUGGGAUGUAAAAUUUUAUGCAGAAUCUUAUCUAAAUGUUUAUCCAAAAGAAAAAAUUAUAUAUCUUACUAGCGAAUCAGAAAAUGUUAUUACUCAAUUGGAACAUGAUUAUGUAUAUGUUAUAGGUGGUCUUGUUGAUCAUAAUAGUCAUAAGGGUCUCUGUCAUAAAUUAGCCAUACAAGUUGGCAUAAAACAUGGCAGAUUACCACUAGAUAAAUUUUUGCGUAUGAAGGCAAGAAAAGUUUUAACUAUUGAUCAUGUGUUUUGAAAUAUUGCUUAGAGUCAGUGAAGGAAAAACAUGGCAAGAAACAUUUUUACAAGUUUUACCAGAGAGGAAAAAUGUACAAUUAAUUGUACCAUCAGGAGAUAAUAAAAAUACAUAUUAGAUAUAUAUAAUAAUAAGAAAAAUUUUGUCUACACAAAUAAUAAAGUAGAAUCAAAAGUUAAAAUCAAUGAAUUUGAAAACAUAAAUGAUGUAUGUACAUAACAAGUAUAUAUUGUAGAUAAAAAAUAUAAUUUUGCAUUUUAUGUUUUAUGUUUUUACUAACUUUAAUAUUUCAUAAAAAGUAUGUCUAUUAAUAUACACAUAUGUAAAUUAUUGUAAACAAAAAAAAUAUAAGAUGUGAA